AUGAGCAGCGGAGUCGGUGUGGCGGCCGGAGACGGUCCCCACCGUUUUCAUCUGACUCUCUUCCGUCGAACCUCUCAGUUCUCUUUUCUGCCAGAACCGUCAGUCGGUUGGUGUGGCUUUGGCGAGGAGCGCUGCGCCUUUUUGGCCAAGUCCGAUGCCAUUCCGGCCCGCAAUUGCGCGCAUUUCGCCCCGGCCUGGCCUGAAAAAAAACGGCGGCUAGCUGGCGCCGAUGGACGGGUUGUUGGAGAGAUUUUUUCGAAUUUUCAGCCACGAGGGGAUGAGCUCAAUGCAAACACGGAUGGCUGA